CACUAAGAAAUUUUAGAUCCUCCUGGGGGAGAAAAUAAAACAAAUCCCGGGAAAUCCUUUCCAAGAGGAAGCGCAGUGUGGGACAAUCCCAGCCCUGAGGAUGCCUCGUUUCCUGCUGCUCCCCUUCCAAGGAGCUCCAGAGCCCUGAGGAGCUUCAGGCUGGACAGAAGAUAAAAGCUGCUCCCGAGGGAGGAUGAGCGCCGUGAUCCUGCUGCUCCUGCUUUCCGCCGGGAAUGGCGCGUCCCAGCCGGAGAAGGCGCUGCCCCGGCGGCGCCUGGCGUGCGUGAGGUGCUGCGGGCCCUCGGAGCAGCCCGUGUCCAUCUUCUCCCAAAGGUCUGCCAGGAUGAGCGCCCAGCCAGAAUAUUCCGUGCCCAAAAUCCAGCCCACCAUCGACAUCACCAUCCUCAAAGGCGAGAAGGGCGAGAUGGGCGAGCGGGGACUCCCGGGAGCAGCCGGCAAGGCCGGGGAGCGAGGAUCCCGCGGGCUGAGCGGCCGCAAGGGCCAGAAGGGCCAGCCCGGGCCCCAGGGCCACUCCUGCAAGCAGCUCUUCGCCGCCUUCUCCGUGGGCCGCCGCAAGGCCCUGCACAGCUCCGACUACUUCCAGCACGUCACCUUCGACACGGAAUUCGUCAACCUCUACCAGCACUUCAACAUGUUCACCGGGAAGUUCUUCUGCUACGUCCCUGGGAUUUACUACUUCAGCCUCAACGUGCACACCUGGAAUUUCAAGGAGACCUACGUGCACCUGAUGAGGAACGAGCAGGCCGUGGCCAUCCUGUACGCCCAGCCCAGCGACAGGAGCAUCAUGCAGAGCCAGAGCCUGAUGCUGGAUCUGCAGGAAGGGGAUGAGGUUUGGGUCAGGAUGUUCAAGAGGGAGAGGGAAAACGCCAUUUACAGCGAGGAGUCGGAUGUGUACAUCAUCUUCAACGGGCACCUGAUCAAACCCGCCCUGGAGUAGGAGCUCCUGGGCUCCAGGGAAAAGCUUUGGGCCAUCCAGCAGUGUCUGCCCUCUAGAAGUGCAUCUCUAAUUCCAUCUGGAAUGGUUGUAGCCCUGGAAGAGUUGUUUUUCCACACCUGUGUGGGUCCAAGCUGCUCAAGGAUUCCAGAAGGUUCCCAGCUCCCCUUGUGGCCCCUCAGGAGCAUCUCUGGAGUUUGUCCAUUUGACAGCAAAAAUUUCCCUUCUUUCUCUGCAUGUCCCACUCCAUUUGGAAUAUUUGCAGCCCUUG